CUGGUGGAUGAAUGAUGGUCCUUCGACUUGGUCUUGAUUGAAACUCACUCCACAAUGAGUUAGAGUUCAGGCUCAAUGUCUUUGGCAGAAGAAGAAGUCCAAAGAUACAUAAAAUAAAUAUUUAUAUUUCUUCUGCAACAAAUUCUCGAUCAGCCAGUCUUGUACCCAGAGCUGUUCGAGUAUGGCCAGCAACGAUUCGAGCGGGCAGCGGCUACACAGCACUCCUCCCGCCACAACCACUACGACCAUCGCUCAGCCGUUCACCCCGGACCAACUCCGGCUGAUCCACGCCAUCCUCGACACCGUCUUCCAUGCCGAACCCACAGCCUCGUCGGCCGAAGCGGAAAGCGCAGGACAAGAGCCAAGGAAGCAGCAGAAUACAGCAGCACGCAACCAGCUGUUUUCGGCCGAUUUCUCAUCCCUUCCCGACUUCACGCUUGCCGAUUUUAUCGGCUAUGUAUUAAGCAGUUUGCGGCCAGCCGAACUGGACAAGUUCCGGCUCGGCCUAAGCUUCCUAUCCAGUCGACCGAUCACCUUUGCGCUCACCGGACACUAUGCCACUUUCCUCGAGAUCCCCGUCGACGAACGAGCGCGGAUCUUAGCCGGCUGGGCUUCGUCAACCUUUGCCCUCAAACGCUCUCUCUUCUCGGCAUUCGUCAGACUGCCGAUCUCGGCCAUAUACUCCAACAGCAGACUCGUCCAGGCUCUCAUUGGCUUCCCUUCCGACGGCGAUCCCCGCGCUUCGAGCCUCCCCGAGCGUCGAAAACCUAGCUACCCCUACCAAUUCAUCCAGCCCCCCCUUCUUCUAGACUCCAAUCUUCCUCAUCCCUCCGCCCGUCUCGAGCUCUUCGAAACCGACGUCAUCGUCGUCGGCUCAGGCGCCGGCGCCUCCGUCGUCGCAAGUCUGGUCGCUAAGGCCGGCUACCAAACUUUGGUCAUCGAAAAGGGAAGAUGGGUGCCCACUGAGCAGAUUACUGGCUCUCAUCACGGCUUCAAUGAUAUGCUCGAAGGAAACGGCCAGAUCAGUACCUCUGAUGGGAAUUUAAUUCUCUUACUUGGGUCGACGUUUGGAGGAGGCACGACGGUGAACUGGUCCGCCUCUCUAGCGCCCCCGUUCCAUGUGCGACGAGCAUGGACGGAGGAACACGGGCUGACGUACUUUGGCACCGAUGGAUUCGCCGAGGACAUCCAGGCCGUCUGCACUCGCAUGGGCGUCUCGACCUCCGCAAUCGUCCAUUCUAAGGCUAACCAACUCUUCUUGAAGGGCGCUCGAACACUCGGGAUCCAUGUCGAUCUGAUCCCCCAAAAUACCGCAGGCAGGGCCCAUGAUUGCGGGAUGUGUCAGAGAGGAUGUCCGUUUGGAGAGAAACAAGGGGCGGCCCAAACCUGGCUAAAGGAUUGUGCAGAAGCCGGCGGGAAAUUCAUGGAGAGAGGAAAAGUGGAGAGAAUCUUAUUUUCGGAGGAGGCGAAUCCUGGGGAGAUUGAGAUUGAUUUGAAGCGCAGCACUCCUAGCAGUCGACGCCGCCAUGCGGUGGGAGUGAUAGUGUAUGAUUCGCGGAGCGGGAAGCGGGCGGUGAUCCGUGCCCGUCGAGCGGUGGUCUGUGGCAGCGGAGCCAUCAACACUCCCGCCCUCCUCCUGCGUAGCGGCCUGAGACUAAACGGCGCCGUCGGGAAUGGCUUGCAUCUCCACCCAGUCACCGCCGUCACCGGAUGGUUUGACGCCCCAGUCAAACCGUGGGAGGGGAGUAUUAUGACUCUGAUCUCAUGCGAGCUCGAGAACCGAGAAGGCACCCAUUACGGCUGCAAGCUCGAGGUGUUUGCAUCCAAUCCGGGCUUCUAUGCCGGGCUCUUUGUCCCAUGGCGAUCGAGUGGGGCGCACAAGGCCUAUAUGAGUCGAUAUGCGGAGAGCUUUACGAUUGUUGUUCUCUCGCGCGACCGGGGAGCGGGGCGGGUGUCAUUGGAGCCCGGGACGGGCGAGCCGGUGAUCGACUAUCCGCUCGACCCUUUCGACGCCGAAAGCCUCCUCGAAGGGAUCCUCGUCGCUUGUCGCACCCUUCUGGCCGCCGGGGCGACCGAAAUCGCUACCACUCUGCCCAAUGUCCAACAUUUCUUGGCGCCCCCUUCUGCUACCACUGGUCUCGAUCUUCAUCAUCGAUUCGAGGAAUGGUUGGCCGAGAUCAGCGCGAUUGGGGUCAAGCCCGGAUACGGCGUCCUUGGCUCAGCCCACCAGAUGAGUUCCUGUAAGAUGGGCAGUAAGCCCAGCAAAGACUCGGUUGUGAAUGAGAAGGGCAAGGUAUGGGGCCACGAGAAGCUGUGGGUGGCCGACGGCUCGGUGUUGCCUACAGCGACGGGCGUCAAUCCAUCUAUCUCAAUCAUGAGCGUCGCACAUCAUAUCGGGAACCAACUCGUCAAGGACUUGAAAGACGAAGAAACGGCGUCUGAUAGACCCGUUUCCUCUAGGCUUUAAUCGGCACUUUCACCAUCUAUUUUCUUUGUUAUUCAAACCAAUCAAGCCCUUAUAUUAUUACUGGUCUAUUUAUUCUGAUCUAGUUAUUUUUUUUUCCAUGUUCUUAUGCUCUACAUCUGCUACUAGCAAUCUGGCCUGUCAUGAUGAUGACCGGCCAAGAACACAAACAUAUAGCUCGCUCAGAACCCCUCCAUAUACGUAGACUCUCUUCCUCUCUCCCAUUGAUUUUUUUGUUUUGUAUAUCUAAUGACAUAACGCACACGAAAAUUGAAAUAAGUCUAAAAAAUGAAUGAAUGAAAAAGAAAUCAGUUGGAUGG